GGAUAAACAGCAUUAGUAUUUCGUAAUCGUUCAAGCACAGCACAAACUACACCAUUUGUCUAAAGUCAUUCCACUAAGUCACAAGAACCUACAACUUCUUCGUUCAGUAACUCUUUAAGUAUGCCAUACCACGGUACGCUGCAAAUGCGUCAUCCAACAACAGUUGAUUCGUCACUCUCAAGUUCAACAAAUAUGCCAACAACUCCAAAGUCACACAAUAUGUCCACACCAGUGAUUCCCUCGAUAGUAUCGUCAAUCUCUAAUCCGUCUACGUUUUCUCUGAUAUCUAAGACAUUUCAAACACUACAAAGCUCCGAUGUCAAAGAGACAACUCGGUGGGGAAAUCAACAAGCCUCGUCGCUCUCUUCUUCCAGGAGUUAUCCCCCUUAUCUAGUAACCACGAGGAAAGAAGAUAAUCCGUCAUCUCAAAACACUGUACAAAAGACGGUGACAUUUUUUCCGACAUCAGUGAUGACAAAAGAGAAAAAUUUCACUACAGCGGAUCACACCACUGAAAUUACAAUGUUGCCGAAAAAUUCAACACAAAAGAAUGUCAAGGUGCUAUUUCUUGCAUCCGCGACUGGCUGUACAGUGUUGGUCGUGUUAGUCAUCAUGUGUGGGAUGAUUUUCGUCAGAAGAAAACACAAAAGGAAAAUCCAGAAGAAUUCGGAAACUCAUGGACAUGAACUUAUCUAUUACUCUAAUCCAUUAUCCAUCCCUAGAGUAAAACUAGGACAUCCUAACCUAUAUAGUCCUAUGGGAAAUUUACGUCGAGAUCGGCAUACUACAGAUGAGAAAAUUUCCCGGGUUGACAAUUUGAUCCUGAUAAAUAUGCAUGGUCAUGGUGAAGUGAAUAAAUUUCAUAUUAACUUAAAUCGUGGUAAUUCACGGAGUGACGUUAUGAUCCCAGAACCAGAACCUGAUUAUGAAUAUAUCGACGAACUCUGAAUAUUUCUUAACAUGUUUGAUAGAUGCUUGUAUCUCUUUCAUUCAUUAUUACAUGCCUAUGUAUAUACAUGUACAUGUAUGUACAGUCAAGGAAAAUUGCACAUAA